AUGGCUAAGAAGAAGACCCUCAAGCAGCAGGACUUCCAAAAGAAAAAGCUUAAGGUUGGUAAAGCCAAGGCAAAGCCUUCCAAUUUAACAGAUACUUCAUUUGUCGCUCGGACGAUUUCACUGCCCAACCAAUCGAAGAUCAAUACGAAUAAUAGUGGCACUCGAGAUUCAACUCGUACUGAGGAAGAAGUGUUGAAAAGAAUCUCUCUUUGUAGACAUCAUAGUGCUGUCACAAGAAAAGAAACAUUAGUUUAUUUCAAGCAGAUCAUCCCGAAGGUGAUCAACUCAAAAUGUAUCACUCAGAUGCUAUCUGGGUGUUUUCCGUUAAUUUGUGAUGAGGAUAUGCACGUUAGAAUAGCACUUCUUGAGCUUUUAGAAGAAAUAGGGGAACACGACGAAAAUGUCCUCAAGUUGCACAGCAGAGCAUUUGUGCUCUUUAUUAAUAGCGGCAUGACACAUAUCACUCCUUCAGUUCAGAGAGAUUCAGGUAAAUUUCUGAAUUGUGCGAUCAAGUAUUGUGGGGAUGAGAUUGUGCGUAGCGCUUGGAUCAAAAUCUUAAGAGGAAUGUUCGGGGUCUUGGGCUGGUCACUGGAAAAGAAGAGCUCCAAAAAGACCGUUAGUAUGGGUAUCAAUAGUGCAAGCGUUGUUAAUAUGAAUAGUUCCAAAGCACAAAAGGCACGAGACAUUAAUCUGGAAGCACUUCUCAAUUUUGUAAAAUGUGGAUGUUUAGAAGAAACCACCGAAAAUGCCUCUGUGAACGACGAUAACCAAUUUAUUUUCGACAAAUACAUGCUACCCGAGUUUUCCCAGCCUUACCAACAUUUAAAACUGUUUACCAAGGAGUUUAUUAGCGGCUCUACGAUAAAGGGAUCUCCAGUAACAUCCACAUCAACUUUAGAGACACUAAGUGGCAUAUCUUUUCAGGAUUAUCCCGCAAGAAGAAAGGUACUUAUAGAGCAUUUCUACGAAAAAAUCAUGGAGCAUCUUCAAAGCUUAAUAGCUGACGGUGGGGAAUGUGGCAAGAAGGCGAACGCAUUCAAAGGAACUCUCGAGCGUAUAAGACUAGUUGACUUGGAAGCGUGA